AUGGUACGGACUGCAAUUGCCACCAAGAACAAGAAGAAACCAGCGGACUUUAAGCGGCUCAAGCGCAAGGUCGGUCGCCGUGCCACACCUGCUGCCAAUGUCACCUCCGUUGGUAUCACAUCACGUCGUAUCAAUCUGCUCGAACAAUCUCUUCUACAAGAUAAGGUAGGGGCUGCCCAAUUGACACACCGUUGUCAAGCAUUGCCGGAGCUGCUGCAACAAGCUGGUCACUACAAUGCACACGUACGACAGCGUGCCCUGCAAGGUCUAAAGGAAUUAGCGAAUCAGGCGACGGCUGGCAAUCUACGAGCCAACGCGUCCGUGUUACUCGAGCGCUUCCUGCCCACUCUAUUGGACGAGGAGGGCGUAGUGCGUGACGCGGCAGUCCAGGCGUGGAAGGCGAUGCUACCGGUUCUUCGCAAUGUCCUGGCUCCUUUUGCAACACUAGUGGCCACUUAUUUCUGCAGUGGCUUGACUCAUUUGCAAGUGGGUGUUCGGCAGGACGCACUGAAAGCCAUUGGCGAACUGGUGAAUGAAGCACCAGAAUUGCUAAAGGAAGAUGCAGGACGAGAAGCUUUGGCCAGGCUGCUGGAGAACUUUCGAGACUUGAUUUGUGCCGCGCAGACUCAAGGUAUUAAGAUGAUGAACACGUACGAUUUGUUGAUUGGCUCGAAGACAACGAGUAAAAAGGGAGCGGAUGGACGCAAGAAAAGCAAUCAGAAGGGCAAGCAAAAAAGUAACAAGAAACUACACGCGCCAUCGGGAGCAUUGGCACUGAGGUUUGCGGCACUCAAAGUGCUGCAUAAGCUGCUAUUGUCGGUCAGUGCAAGACGGAGUGAUAGUAAAAUUGGGGUGGCUGGAAGUGCUCGGUCUGCUUCUGUGACAACCACCAAGACGCUUCUUUUGUAUCCGACCCCGCAAUUUGUUCAGAUAGGCAUGUUUGCUGCUGCUUCUUUGACGAUGAGCGCUGGAGUGAAAGCCAGUGCUUCGUGGCAGGAGAAGGUGCGAGCACUGCUACCUGCACUGCUGGAGUUGUGGCUAGAGUGUUUGGAAGGAAGCACUGACGCGCUGUCGGACGUGCAUGUCGAGCACAUGAAGUACAUUGUGGAAUGCACGACUGCUGUGAUUGUUGCUAACAGGGAUAUGUUGAAUAUUGAUGCGGAAGAGGCUAAAACCAAUGAAUUUUUCCAGGCAGCGCUGAAGCUACAUGAAAAACUUCUAGCGCCAGAUAGUUUCCCGAUGCUGCCAGGUGCGAGUGCGGCCCUUGCUGCAGCUUUAGAUGACUCAGGGAUUCUUUCGAGAUGGCAUGGUAUGAAUGCGUCGCUCGCCAAAUUAUCAUGUGAAUACCUUUGCGUUCCUGCUUUAAUGCGUAGCUCUGGUAAGGAUCUUCAAAGUGAGGCGCUAGAGCAACGUGUAUGCACGUAUGUCGUCACAACUCUUGCAAAGUACACGAAAACGCCUGAACUCCGCGCCGUCGCUAGUAUGCAGAAUGUGCUCCAGCCCCUCCUGGAAGUUGUCGCUCUUAUCUUGGCUUCAGCUUCGGAGCAUAUCGAUUCCUCGGCGUCUGAGAAGAUAGCUGACGAACGUACUUGCUUACUGAACGCGGUGACUCAGUUCUAUGUGCUUUGCACACCAAAAUCGGUGAGCUUCCGCAGCUGCACAGCAUUUGUCGUUGAGCAGCUAGAGAUUGCGUUGCAUAGACAACAGCAACAAAGUCGAAAGCUAGCGUGGCCAAUGGUUAUGCAGUGGGUGGUGUGUCUUGCUGAUCUUCUAGGUCAACUCGAUCCUCAGCACAUGGAGCUUGGUAGGCGCAGCUUGCUUGCAUUGAUCUCAGUUCUCAAACAGCUUCCUGGUGAAUUUACGAGGGGUGAUCAAAUGGAUGGCGUGUUGGCGAAUCUCUCGAGUUUCUUUGACUUGGCAGCAUUGCCUUCUUCUUCGAUGUCAGAAGACGAGCAACAAAAAAUGCUGUCGAGGACGCGGUUCGACGCUUUGGAUUCGGCGGACCAGCUAGCCUUUGUGUCGCUCGUGUAUCAUCUACCCCGGUAUCCUGUGUCUCUACUGCGUGCGCUUACCAGUUGUUGCAAAAGCCCGCGCAUCCAUAGCGAGGCCAAAAGCUUUCUUGUAGACAUUUUGUUCCAGCGACGUGAAGCUUUGGAUCUUGCUCACUUCGUGAGUUUCCUCGUUAGCACAGCGCUUGCACCAGCGAAGGCAAAUGCUCAGCAGCAGCGACAGCAGCUACAGCUUGUUCAUCAUGUUUGUCAUACUUUUAUCGCGAUGAACUUGGGUACCUUGCUUCCGAAAAUUUUAGCACCAACUUUGGCGAAGGCUCAAGCUGGUAAAGGGAUGAACUCGAUGGAGCUGCACACGUUGAUGUUGCUAUACUGCACAUGCGUGUCCUCCGCUACAACUGGUAGCGCUGAGGCUCAUCAACAACGCUCAGACAUUCCUGCAGAGAUGAAGCGACAGCUGGUGGGCUUAAGCGUGAAUGUUCUGGCAAAGUACACUGCAUCAUUGGCAGGUGAGCAGUCGUCAGCGCCGGAGGAAAUUGACUCUCGCGAACAGGAGCGAUCACUUGUAAAGACUUGCGUAUCGACUCUAGUUCUUGGAGAGAUCAGCAUAUUUGCCAGCUUUUUGGAUGAGCUUUUGAUGGCGCAACAACAAGUGUCAGUCAUGAUUUGCCGUUUGCGCGUCCUUCAAGCACUUGUGCAGACUUCGAGCCUGGCAGGAGCAUUCCGGCGGCACCGGAACCACACAGAGUGUCUGUUGCAAUUGGUGGAGCAGCAACACGCUGGUGAGGACGAUGUUACACAGCAUGUCCGGCUGGUGCGAGACGACAUUGAGCUUCAAGCAAUAGGACGAUAG